AUGUCAGAGGCACGGUUACCAAAGUACGCGUGGGAGGAAAUCCGAAAACACAACACUGACAAGGAUUGUUGGGUGGUGCUGUACGGCCGUGUGUUGGAUGUCACGAAGUUUUUGUCUCAGCAUCCUGGUGGAAUUGACCCUAUCAAUGAUCUUGGGGGGUACGACAUCACCAACUCCUUUGAAAGCAUCGGGCAUUCCUCAAGGGCACUAGUCUUGUCAAAGGAGUUUAUUGUUGGCGACUUGGAUAAGGAUUCCAAGCCACCCGUUGUAGAACCGAAGGCGUCACGAGAGGAUGUGCCUCUGACGGCUUAUAAAGCAGGGGGUGAAAUGAUUCCGCUGAGUUACAUUUUGGCUCCUGUUUUUGCACUGAUGCUUCUUUUUUAUUAUUAUUUGAUGGCAUAG